AUGGCAAACAUUCCCAUAGACAUAUUAGAAUCAGAAAUACUGAUUAGAUUACCAAUUAAAUCCCUUUGUCGAUUUAAGAGUGUUUCAAAAUCUUUCAAAACCCGAAUCUCAAGUCACAAAUUCAUAACCCUUCAUCUCCGUCAUUCACUCAAAUCGAACCAUAUCUUCAUUCAAGUCUAUGGCAAACAAGGUCUCUACGCAUUGGACUUGGCAUCUUCUAACUAUUCUACCGUCAAACUCCCUUGUUAUGUCGAAAUAUCUAACGGUAUAAUCAUCGGCGAUAACGACAGUUGGGUAGGAUGCUGUAACGGCUUACAUUGUUUUGCAAACAUCAAGACAUCAGUUUAUGUAGUGUUCAAUCCAUUUACUGGAAGUUACAAUGAAAUAUCCGGUCCAACUGGCCGAGGCCGGGAAUCGAUAAUGAUAUCUGGAUUUGGGUACGACGAUGUAAAAGAUGAUUACAAGCUUGUCACGUUCAAACCUGUUUUCGAUACAGGUUACUGGUACUGGGAAAUAUAUGUUUACAGCUUGAAUGCCAAUUCUUGGAGAUACACCGGAAUUAUACUAAGAGGUAUAACUAUGUCUUUUGAACAGGCUGUUGUUAUUGACAACCAUCUAUUACACCUGAUUUUCUCUUCUGAAAACAUCACCAGGAUUGGUUGUUUUGAUAUUCGUACUGAACAAUGGAGCGUACUACAGGUACCUGACUCCAUCAAGCCUGAUAUCUAUCGAUGCCUGCCCAAGGUUGGAGUUUUCGAUGGUUGCUUGUAUUUACUCUCCGAAUUUGAUAUAAGAGAGACUGAACUAUGGGUCAUGAAAGAGUAUGGAGUGAAAGAGUCAUGGAUGAAGUUGCUUAGUGAUUUCAAAUUCGAAGACUUUACACCACUUGGUUAUUCCAAAGGAUCGAGAGAGGAGAUGUUACUGUGGGACUUGUACAAUAGUAACCUCGUCUCAUAUAACAUUAGAUAUAAAACAACAAAGAUAACUGACAUCAAUGGAGUCACUGGUUAUUCUGACAAUCCGCUUGUGAGUAAAUCAUUUGCAUACUUCGCUAACAAAACCCUUGUUAGCGUUCCCGGUGGUAAGCAAGCUAGCUAUAAUGGCAGAUGUAGGGAAAUAUAA